CUGAAGCUGCCCCCUUGCCUGCUGAUUGUCGCCAUGGACAAGAUCCUGGCCUUCUCGAUCAUGAGCUCGUCGCCGGCGGAAAUCUCCGGGGCCGGGUACGCCACGCGCCUGUCCUGGCGGAGCGGCGGCGCCAAGCAGCAGCAGCAGCAGCAGAAGGAGAAAGUAGAGCAGGGCUCGCGGCCGGAGAAGAAGCCUGAGGUGCGGGUGCCGCGGUUCGCGCCGGAGUUUGACGGCGUCAACUGCUUCGAGACCAUAGUUUCCUGCUGAGUUGCGAUUUGUAAGCGCCUCGCGCGCUGGGCUAAUUUUGUUUUGUUGAACUACUUCCUCUGCUUUUUGUUGCUUAGCAACGAGGAGAACUUGUAAUUUGUAUAGAGCUAUAUAUCGAAUGGUUUUUUCUUUCGUCGAGGAGAGAAGAUGAAUGCAUUUUCUUGCGAA